UUUUAAGUAUUGCAACACCAUUUCCUAGAUUUAAUCCUGAUAUUAAUCAAUAUAUCAAUGCUGAUCGAUGGCAACAAUUAAUUUCAGCUCAUCUAUUAAACUUACGUAUUUUUGAUUUACAACAUGCAUCUCGUGAAUUAGAUCCUUGUAAUAAACAUCAACCAUUUGAAACUCUUGUCGAUAAGUUUAAUUCAGAAUUUUGGAUAGAACAUCAAUGGUUCUUUAAUUGGCAUUACCAUCAAUUAACAUGGUCCGAUGCUACCAUAUUUUAUUCAAUAUCCGAAACAAAUAUGAUAACAAAAGUAACAAUUAAUAAAGAAAUCACAUUAGAAAAAAUUCAAUUAUUAACCGCUAUUUUUCGUCGAAUGGAUAAUCUUACUAUUAAUUUAUUCAAACAAGAUUUAGAACCUAUAGCUCAUUUUUUAUUGUGA